AUGGACGAAGUAAUUGUAGGAACAUAUGAAGGAUUUUUACUUGGAUAUUCAUUGCGAUCUGAAGAUGAAGGUACAAAACUGAAACAAACAUUUGCAACUCAUUCACACACCGCAUCAGUGCGUUGCGUUUCUGUAGCAGGAAAGUUUUUGGCUUCAGGUGGAACCGACGACAAAGUCGUUGUUAUAGAUUUGAAGACACGUAAAGAGCACACAGUUUUAAUGAAUCAUGAUGGUACAAUAAACAGUGUUGCUUUUACUCAUAAUGGAACUCAUUUGCUUACGGGUAGUGAUGAUGGCUCUAUUAUUGUCACCAGAACAGGAAAUUGGCAAAUAGAAAAGAUUUGGAAAAAAGCACACAGUGGACAACCAGUUACUGCCAUUGCUAUACACCCAUCGGAUAAAUUGGCUUUAAGUAUUGGGGGUGAUAAAACUCUUAGAACUUGGAAUCUUGUCAAAGGACGUCCAGCUUUUACAAUAAAUUUAGCCAGUAAAGGUGUAACCCUGCCUACAGAAAUAAAAUUUUCACCUGGUGGUGAUAGAUUUUCUCUUAUAUCUUUACAAAAUGUUGAUGUUUGGACAAUCAGUAAAGCAGGCCUAGAAAAACGAUUAACAUGUAAUUCAAAGCCAAGUACAGUUCAAUGGACUGAUGAUGAUAACUUAUUUGUAGGACUUGAAAGCGGUAAUAUUGUUAGGUUCACAGUAUCUGAAACAAAAGCACAAACCUAUCCAGCUCAUAAACAAAGAGUAAAAUGUGUGCAUUAUGAAAAUGGCACACUAUAUUCUGCCUCCAGUACUGGGGAAAUAAAAUCAUGGUCAGUUGAUGAUGACAAAUUACAAGAAAUGUGUUCAGCAAAUGCUUCAUGUAGAAUUACUUGUGUAACAUUAAAUAGACAAAGUCAUUUCGUUAAAAAGGAAGAAUCAGAUGAGGAAAAUGAAGAAGAAAAUGAAUCUAAAAAUGAAGAUAGUGAUAUUUCUGAAAAUGAUGCAAAAAUGCUAAAAUCAGCACUUAAAAGAAAAGCUGGUGCAUUUGUAACUAUAAGUUAUGAUGACAUUGAUAAUGCAGAAGGUAAUAAUGAAACAACCACUGCUAAAAAAUCAAAAAAGAAAAAAAGAAAUAAAAAGAAGAACAAAAAUACUGAA